UGAUGGAGUGUCUUGAAUGCUGUGGAGCAGUAGUGUCCCCCUUUGAAAUACAAGGAUAAAUAAAUGGCUUAUUAUAAGCCACUGGUGGUGGGAGAGAAUCCACUAAUCUGGUGCACAGGCCCAUCAAUUGGUUUCUGAAAUGGGGAUUCUCAGGCAGUUUUUGCAACCAACUCAUUGCAGGGCUGUAACAAAUUGUGAGAGGUUAAAAAAUGAAAAGGCAAAUGUGAAUGAAUGCACCCAGUUAUGUUAAAAUAAAUCAGUUUACUCAUUAUCCUCUUAAUUAUUGACAUGAGUGGCAAAUGGGAUAGUACUGUACUUCUUAAAAAAAUAGUUCUAAGAUUGGUCACUUUCUUAAUAGCAUAUUCAAAACUUAACACAUUUUCAUCUGCUUAUAUUGGAAUCAUUAGGGUAUCACAGAAGCAUUUAAGAGGUCUUGUACUUUGUGCUUUACAGUAGGAGUGAGCAGAAAAGGUAGAUCAGGUUCAGCUGAUUUGCAGGAGAAUGGCAAGGAAAGCUCAGUUACUUGACAAAGGCUGCAACAAAGAAACUUUACAGUGGUAUCUCUGGUUAUGUAAUUUCGUUGCUGAAAGGAAAAAUGCUUUUUGGGAAAACCAGGAGUGGACUUAUGCAUGAAAAUGUGAAAUUGCUUCUAAUCCUGAAAAGAAAUUCCUGGGCUGGGCUUGUGCCCAGAGGCACCCUGGCCCUUAAUUCUAAAUGUUUGCAUCUGGCCCUGACUGAUGAAUCUCAAGGUACUUUUGCAGAAGCCAAAUAGAUCCGUCAAGCCUGAAGUCUGUCCACCCAUGUGUACUUUACAAAAUGCUAACAUGACUAAAAAUAUGGUUCCUUGUCCCAAGAUGCUUACAAAUUGGAGAGUGGACCAAGAAAAAAGAAGGCAAGGGCAGCAGUGGAAGAAUAUGGAAGAAAGAAUUGCAUAUUUCUGGUUUUGUAUUGAAGGGAAAACAACUAAGAGGUUGAGUCAAAAACAAAAAGGCAGCUCAAGCAACCAGAGAUCAUAUUAAAAAAUUUUUAUUACUAAUUUGAUACUUUCUAAUCUCCUUAUUAAGUGUACUUGCUUUUACUAACUUGGACACUUUCUACAUUAAAUCCAGUUUGGAAUAAAAUCUGGAAGAAACUAAUAGCCAAGUUUAAAUUUUGCAUCGCUACUAAAUCCCUUAAGAUACCCUAAUAUCAAUAGUACCAGUAGCUUCAAUGGCAAAUUGUUCCAGAAUCUAGGUGAUACCCAAUGAUAAGAUACUCAGAGUAGUCCCAUUGACUCUUUACUUAAGUAAGUUGAUUGCAUCUGGUUAUGACUUACUUGGAUAUCACUCCAUGUCCUUAAGUAGAGCCAGUGUUGUGUAGUGGUUAGAAUGUUUGAUUAGGGAGACCUGGGUUCAAUCCCCACUUGGUGAUAUAACUCACUUGUUGAUUUUAGACCAAUCAGCAGUUCUCAGCCAAGCUUACCUCACAGGGUUGUUGUAUUGAUAAAUUAGGGGGAAAGGACCAUAUAUGCCUCCUUGAGCUCCUGGGAGGAAAUGUGAGGUGUGCAUGUGAUUGAUAAUUAAAAUGACAAAACAUUUUUAACUUUUUCAUAAGCCUACCACCUAUGAAUUUAUUGUUGUUAUUGUUGAUGCAAAACUUAAGCCAUCACUUCUGCCGUUUAUUCAUUGCAGGCAAGGCCAUGAAAAAUGCUCUUGAUAACUUGAUGUGAAGAGUCUUUUUUCCGUUUGCAUGAGGCGGCUCCUACAUUCACCUUAUCUUGGGUUCCUGCAAUGGCAGAAGAAGAGCUCCCAGGAAAUAAAAGGCCUUGCAGAAGCUCAGCCCUCAAUAGGAAGAGGAUAAAACCUGCCAGGAGGAAGCAAGGGACGGGUGUGGAAGGGACACAGCCUUUAUCUGCAUCCUCUUUCUCAAUUGCUUCAUUUUUCAAUAAUGUCCCCCCUGCCAGAGUCGCCUGUCCUUUGUGUGGGCAGAUGGUAGCAACAUAUGGAAUCAACCGGCACAUUGAUGAAGUGUGUCAAAAGAGCCGGGAUGAUGAUAGGAUUCUAGAUGGUUCGGCGCCUGGCGUGGGUGCAGGCCCAUCAGUUGAAAAUGUGCCUGGUGGUUGCAGUCCGUACUUUGCAAAUAAUGCCUCGACUCCAGAGAAGUUAGUAGGUGACAACUCUGAAACAAAACCUGAGGUGGGAGGACAGGUGAGCCCAUACUUUAAGAAGGGCAGCGGUCUCCUGUUGGGCAAUGGUGAGCCAGAGGUUCAGGCAGUUGGGAAGAUCUCCCUGGGAAGGCUGUCAACCAAAUUGUCCAGGAAGCGUCGGGCUGAAGGUGGCAGCAUCUUUACUUGGGAUGCUAAGUCUCGACCAGCUCAAGAUGUGUGUGACAGCUCUAGAGAGGAGAAUCCAGAAGGCACCACUUCUUCCCAGAAAGAAAACUGGUUGCCCUUUUCAAGGAUUCAGAGUCAAACUAGUCCAAAAGAAGGAUUCAAAGGCAAACGAGAAACCCUGGACCCCACAUGGGAAGGUGACACACGAACACUCUUGGGUGGUGAUGGUUCUGCUCCUGGAUUGUUUCCAUCUGAUCAUCUUGCUUGCGGUGAAGUUGGACUGCUAACAGAGGACAACAAAGAGCAAAAUACUCCUAAGGAGGACUUGGAUUCUGAUAUUUGCAAGCUUGUAGUAUGUUCAACAGCUUAUAGUAAAGAAGCACCGUCAAACUUGGAAACCACAGACCUCUCUUCUGGUGAACAGGCUCUGUUGCCCAAUGUGAAAGGUAUUUGUUGCAAUCAGACACAAAAUAUCUCUUUUGUGGGGGGUGACAUGGAAGUACUUCCUAUGGAAGAUCAUACAGACUUAAAAAAUGAAGUGGUUGAUUGUGUUUGUUUGGGACCUUUGGAAAACAUGAAUUCUCAGAGUCCAAGCAGCAACAUUUUAGAAACGGUUCUCAAUGGACACAGCCGUGGAGAAGACCCAGGAGGGCAACCAUAUUAUCUUCAGAAUUUUCUGAUGGUCCUGCAGGCUGUGCUUGAGAAUGAGGAUGAUCAGAGGCUGUUUGAUGAGCAUGAUUUGGACACUAUUGCAAAGUUCUACCAACUCUCAGCUAGCGCUCAGAAGUUAUACGUCAGACUUUUCCAACGCAAGCUGAGUUGGAUAAAAGCGAACAAGAUAGUCUACUUGGAGAUUGCUGAGGAUCUCUCAUCAUACAUCAACGAGCUUGUUGGAACAGGAUUCUUGCAGUCAGAGGCAGAAUUAAAAGAUCUGUCUGAGGCUCUUGACUUGCUUUCUGCCCCUGAGCUGAAAACCUUAGCAAAGGUCUUCCACCUGCCAAACCCAAAUGCACAGAAACAGCAGCUCCUGGAAGAUUUCCUCCGGUUGUCAAAGCAGCGCUCAGUCUUCAGCAGGAACCAAGCUGGCAUUGGGAAUGUGAUUCUGAAAAGAGCAAAAGAUGUGGCUGGCAGAUCUGUCAGGAUUCAUAAAGUUCCCCGGACAGUCUUCGCACGGGUGCUGCUGCUCUUUUCCCUGACUGACCCAGUGGAGGAUGAAGAAGCUGGAAGUGGCGGCCAAGGGCAGCUUUCCACAGUCCUCAUGGUGAACAUGGGCCGCAUGAUCUUCCCCACUUACACAGUCAACAGGAAAACCCAGAUAUUCCAGGAUCGGGAUGAUUUCAUCCGGUAUGCCAGUGCUGCGUACUUGUCAAAUGACAUCUCUGUGGCUGUGACUCAUGGGAACUGGAAGGAGGCGCACAGACUCUAUGAGGUGGCCAAAGAAAUCUGGCAGGAGUUGAGGGAACACUUUUCUUUGAGGUACCAUGCAGCCCUGCCGGAAUACUUGAGGCGUUUCACUGUCGGGUGGGUGUACACACGAAUCUUCUCCCAGGGUGUUGAGAUCUUGCAGAGACUACAUAUGUAUAAGGAGGCAGUGGAACAGCUUCAGGAUCUUUUGGCCCAGGACGUUUAUUGUUCUGACAGCAGAGGACGGUGGUGGGAUCGUCUGGCUCUUAACUUGCACCAGCACUUGAAAGACACAGAGGAGGCCAUCAGGUGCAUCAGGAAAGGUCUCCAGGACCCAUUUGUUCGCACAGGCCAUCGACUCUCCCUGUCCCAGCGAGCCCAGAGGAUGAAAAAUUCCUCAGCGUGUAAGAAGAUAGGGCAUCUCCUCCAAGAUCUGCCGCUUCUUUCCGUGGAAGAUGUUGCCCAUGUUACCAUCAAAGGAAAGCUGUGCCCACAGACCGGAAUGGGGAAGUCCAUGUUUAUCAUGGAAGAUGUUGGUGCCGAAGACCCAGGAGAAGACCUUGAGCCCUCCACUGUGGUGUGCUCCGUCGAGGAGCUGGCAUUAGCCCACUACAAGCAGCAUGGCUUUGAUCAAGGGAUUCAUGGCGAAGGAUCUACGUUCAGCACCCUCUACGGCCUCUUGAUGUGGGAUAUUUUCUUCAUGGAUGGCAUCCCUGAUGUCUUCAGGAAUCCUUACCAGACCUCCCCGCUGGAUCUCUACACUGACAGCUUCUAUGAGAACCGGAGGGAGGCCAUUGAAUCCAGGCUCCGCUUACUGCAUGAGGCUUCGUCUGAAACCCUGGAAAAGUGGAUUGCGGAUGUCUGGAAUGCUCAGGAGGGCAAAGCGGCAGCGCUAAUCAGCUGGGACCGAUUCUCUUCCCUCCAGCAGGCCCAGCACCUGGCGCGUUGCUUUGGGGGUCCUUUCCUGAGUGGAGUUUGCCAACAGCUGAGCAGAGAUCUGCGUCACUGCAGGGGCGGCCUCCCUGACCUCGUCGUUUGGAGAAUGGAAGAUCACCAUUUUAAGCUGGUGGAAGUCAAAGGCCCCAAUGAUCGCCUUUCUCACAAGCAGAUGAUAUGGCUUGCCGAGUUGCAGAAGCUGGGUGCAGCAGUGGAAGUUUGCCAUGUGGUUGCAAGCGGAUCUAAAAGUAAACGCUUGAGCUGAGACUCUAUUGCGGUUGCUGGGCUCAAGGCCAGAGUA